AUGAAGGCGCGGUGGAUGGUCGUGGCGCUGCUGGUGCUGGGCGCGGCGGGUGAGCCGCGCUCGCCGCACAGUUCGCCGCACGGCUCGCCGUACAGCUCGACGCGCCCGCGCCACUGGCCGCGAGGCGCCCGCACGCUUGACGACCGAGCCCCUAGCCAGUUUGUCGGCCCCCACGUGUGCCGGAGUCGCAACAGCACGCAUUGCUGUCCAGGGUGGACUUCGAGGCCCAACUCAUUACUUUGUGUAGUCCCAAUAUGCCGACCGGACUGCGGCUCGCCAGGCUCAUGUGUGGCGCCCAAUAUGUGCCGGUGUCCCAAUGGUAUAGAAGCGCCUUCUUGUGGCAAUGGCGGAGGCUUCUAUCCUUAUUCUGCAAGAACCAGAGGAGGGUGUCGUCGCAUCUGUAUGAACGGUGGUACAUGCACCAAUGGAACUUGUGCUUGUGCACCCGGAUGGAGCGGGGAAUUUUGUACUGAACCGAUCUGUCGCGAGCCGUGUCUUCAUGGCGGCCGCUGCAUCGCACCGGACAGGUGCGUGUGUUUCCACGGACUGUCCGGCACGAGGUGCGAGAUCGACCGCAGAACAGGGCCGUGUUACACUGAGACGCGUGGUGCGCUGUGUACGGGCGCAUUGGAGGGCGUGGUGUGCACCAAACAGCUGUGCUGCGCUACCGUGGGUGUGGCCUGGGGACACCCGUGCGAGCGAUGCGCUGACCUCGACUGCCCCACCGGGCACCUACGCAACCUCGCCACCAAGGAGUGCCAGGACAUUGACGAAUGUGCCGCUGUACCGGGACUCUGUGAAGGAGGUCGUUGCAUUAAUUCCAUUGGAUCAUUCUCUUGCGAAUGUCCGCCGGGACAAAGAAGACACAGGGUCUCAAACAACUGUGAGGACAUCGACGAAUGCGAGGACCCCGAUAUUUGUCCGAAUGGGAAGUGCGUUAAUACGGAGGGGGAUUAUUAUUGUCUGUGUAAUCCCCAUUUCAUACCAAGCCCGGACAAGAAGUUUUGUAUUGACGGCCGCGUGAGCAGCUGCUACACGUACCUGAGCGAGACAGGCGAGUGCGGCGAGCGGCUCGGCGUGCCGCUGUCCAACCGCGACUGUUGCUGCGGGUACAACAUGGGCCGCGCCUGGGGAGACCUGUGCACGCCUUGUCCACCACGCGGCUCCACUGAAUGGACUCAUCUUUGUGGUGGUGGCGUGAUUCCACCUGAUUGGCGACGAAAUGACACAAGUGGUGGUGGAAUCGGCAGUGGUAGUGAAACCGCCCAGCCUAUUGCCAAGAUCAAUGAAUGUAUGCUAAGAGAAGGAAUAUGUGGGCUGGGUGAUUGCGUUGAUAAGGAUAUUGGAUACCAGUGCGAAUGUUGGGACGGUGCGGAGGCGGCCGAACAAGAUGGCAACCCGACUUGUAUUGAUAUUGACGAAUGUGCACUCGAAUAUUGUAAAGGUGGCAACUGUAUUAACAAACCUGGAGGUUUCGAAUGCAGAUGUCCACCCGGUUUCGAUCCUGUUGAAAAUGGACUAAGAUGUAGUGACAAGAACGAAUGUGAGAUGACCAAUGGCGGCAUGUGUACAAAUGGAGUAUGUACUAACGUUGAUGGAGGUUUCGAGUGCACGUGCAACCCGGGCUACGAGUCGACGGAGACGGGGCACGCGUGCCGCGACGUGGACGAGUGCGGGGACAACCCGCGCGUGUGCCGGCGCGGCCGCUGCCGCAACACGGCCGGCGCGUACGAGUGCAGCUGCGAGCCCGGCUUCGCGCCCAGCGCCGCCGGCUACUGCGCGGACGUUGACGAGUGCGCCGACGCCUCCGUCUGCCAGGGCGGGCGGUGCGUGAACAGCGAGGGCUCGUUCCAGUGCGUGUGCGAGGCGGGCUACCGCGCGACGGCGGCGCGCGGCGCGUGCGUGGACGUGGACGAGUGCGCCGAGCUGCGCGUGUGCCGCAACGGCCGCUGCCGCAACUCGCCCGGCUCCUUCCGCUGCGACUGCUUGCCCGGCUUCACGCUCAGCAGCGACGGCCGCACCUGCCUCGAUGAAGUUCAAGAUCUUUGUUACGAGAAAUACGAAGAGGGACAUUGUACUGGGCCUGGUACCACUCCUGUCACCAGGUCACAGUGUUGCUGUAGUUCUAGCAAAGGUCUUCGAUUGGGCUGGGGAGUUGCGUGUAAGGAAUGUCCCAAACAAGGAACCAAGGAGUACGAUAUAUUAUGCCCAGAGGGACCAAGUAAAGAUAACGGCGGCGCAGACAUAAAUGAGUGCACAACGAUCCCGGGAAUAUGUCCUCACGGAACCUGCGAGAAUUUAGAACCCGGUUACAAAUGUAUCUGUGACCCUGGAUUCCAUCCCGAUGCUGAUGGAAUUUGUAGGGAUAUUGAUGAAUGUGACAUGCAUCAGUCGUAUUGUACUGGUGGACAAUGUCGUAACACAAUGGGGAGCUUCAAUUGCGUUUGUCCCCCCGGUACACGUUACGAGGCUGAAGAACAAAUUUGUCGAGACAUUGACGAAUGCGAGGAACAAUCUAAUCCAUGUGAUAAUGGACGAUGUAUAAAUACCCACGGAAGUUACGAAUGUGAAUGCGAACAUGGUUUUGUUUUGGACGCUACGGCUCAACAUUGUCUUGACAACCGGCGCGGGUCGUGCUGGCGGCGCGUGGUGGACGGGCAGUGCGAGGGCGCGGCGCCGGGUGCGCUUUUGCGCCAAGAGUGCUGCUGCAGCGUGGGGCUGGCCUGGGGCUCACCCUGUGAGCCCUGUGACCCUCAACACUGUCCCUGCCCCAAGGGAUUUGCCAAGCUGGAUGGAGCAACGUGCCGCGAUGUAGAUGAGUGCAUGCUGGAUCCAGAGUUGUGUAUCGGCGGCUCCUGUGUCAAUACUGACGGGUCAUAUCGCUGCGACUGUCCUCCCGGACUCACUCUCGACUCCACUGGUAAUCGCUGCGUGGACACACGCAAAGAGUAUUGCUACACGGACUACAUCGGAGGGCGUUGCACGAAUCCGUUGCAAGUGGAAGUAUAUCGUGCGAUUUGUUGCUGUUCCUCCCUCGGGAAGGCAUGGGGGGACGGCAGAUGCGAACCUUGCCCCAAAAAAGGUACGGACGCGUAUCGCAACCUCUGUAUAUCCGAAGUGAGUGGACCACCGACUAUAUGGGAUAGACCGUACCUCGGAGGACCGAACAAAACUGACAUUUGGAGCCACACAGGUCCCGGAGACGGCUUUGACGACAAUUGGGAUGUUGACGUUGGAACCAACGUAGGCAACGGUUCGUUCGACGGAUGGGGUUCCGGGAAUGGAGUCAUACCUGGACAGAUGGAAGUUAACGAAUGUUCCGCUUUCCCUGGACUUUGCGGACACGGAAGAUGCAGAAAUAUGCUGGGAACAUUCACAUGCGAUUGCUUCCCGGGAUAUGAGAAGGACUCUAAGAACCACACGUGCGUGGACGUGAACGAGUGCGAGAUCGUGGAUGGGGUGUGCGGCGCAGGCGAGUGCCACAACACGGACGGCGGUUUCUCCUGCCACUGCCACAGCGGCCACCGCCCCGAUCCGAUCUCCAAAGUCUGCGUCGAUAUUAACGAGUGUGAGGAGGACAGCGCGCUUUGCCGCGGCGGGCGCUGCGUGAACACGGCGGGCUCGUUCCACUGCGAGUGCGCGCCCGGCAUGGAGCUGGCGCCCGACCGCCUCUCCUGCAAGGACGUCGACGAGUGCUCCAUCACCUCCGGUAUCUGCAGCAACGGCGCGUGUGAGAACUUGAUGGGAACGUACCAGUGUGUGUGUGACGAGGGCUACGCGCAGUCGACGGUGAAGUCGCACUGCGAGGACAUCGACGAGUGCAGCGAAGAUCCUACACGCUGCCAGCAUUCCUGCGUCAACACGCCCGGCUCCUACCACUGUACCUGCAGGGAGGGGUGGCAGCUGCGCGCGGACGGGCGCUCGUGCCGCGACGUGGACGAGUGCGCGGCGGGCGCGCGCGUGUGCGGCGGCGGGCUGUGCCGCAACACGCCCGGCUCCUACCGCUGCGACUGCGCCGAGGGCCUGCUGCCCGCGCCGCCCGACGCCAAGCCCACCUGCCUCGACAUUGACGAGUGCGCUGACAUCCCGGACCUGUGCGGUGCGGGCGAGUGCCGUAAUACAAUCGGCAGCUUCGUGUGCCGCUGCCCGGACGGCUACAGCGUGAAGCCGGAGCUGGGCCCCGCUUGCUCUGACGACGACGAGUGCGAGCUUGGCACCUGCGACUGUCACCCUGCCGCCGACUGUAUCAACCUGCCGGGAUCAUUCCAAUGCCGAUGUCGCGAUGGAUGGCGUGGCGAUGGAACAGAAUGUGAAGACGUAGACGAAUGUCUCACCAACAACGGUGGAUGUCAUCCGCGAGCGACCUGCCGCAAUAGUGACGGAUCAUUUAUGUGUCUCUGUGAUACGGGAUAUAAGGGAGAUGGGUACUCGUGCGUGGACAUCGACGAGUGCUCGAACGACCCGACGCUGUGCGAGAACGGCCACUGCAGCAACACGCCCGGCGGUUAUGAGUGUGAUUGCGACGUCGGCUUCACCAAGUCCGCCGACGGACGCUCUUGCUUAGACAUGGACGAGUGCGCGACGUUUGACAAUGUGUGCGUGUUCGGGCGCUGCGUCAACACGUACGGCAUGUUCAAGUGCAUCUGCGACAAGGGAUACCAGUCCGACAGCGUCGACGAUCUGAUGCCGGGCUUCAACUGCACGGACGUGGACGAAUGCAAAUCGCCGCAGUCGUGUCAGUACGGCACGUGCGUCAACACACAGGGCUCGUACAUAUGCCGCUGCCCGCCUAACUACGAACUCGUCUCUGACGGCACCGCAUGCUAUGAUUCAAGAAAAGCGCGCUGUUAUGGCAAAGUGGACUUAAGGUCUGGGACAGAGCACUGUCGCGACAGCGAUGAGUUGUCCGAGGACGGAACUAUGGCGGCCUGCUGUUGCUCUGUUGGUGCUGCUUGGGGUAACUAUUGUGAUCUGUGCCCGGAACCGGGGUCUGAAGCGUAUAGACAACUUUGUCCCGGAGGUCCUGGAUAUCAACCAGUUCUUGAGCCUCCGUCGUACGUGGUGACGCUGGCGGACAUCGACGAGUGCGCGCAGCACCCGGCGCUGUGCGAGCACGGCACGUGCACGAACACGUUCGGCUCGUUCGUGUGCGCGUGCGGCGCGGGCUGGCGGCUGGCGGACGGGCCGCGCUGCGAGGACGAGGACGAGUGCGCGCGCGCCGGCGUGUGCGCGCCCGGCCUGUGCCGCAACCUGCCCGGCUCCUACGUGUGCCUGUGCCCCGAGGGCUACGUCGCGAUGCCCAACGGAAAGGAAUGUGUUGACGUUCGUCAACGUCAGUGCUACAUGGACUGGGAUCCGGACACUGGGGGAUGUUCCGCUGCGGUGGGAGUUCCACAGACCAAAUACCUUUGUUGUUGCUCCGUCGGCAAGGCCUGGGGAGCGCCUUGUGAAGCCUGUCCCGAUAAAGGCUCGCAGGAGCACAUGGCGCUGUGCGGCGAGAAGCCUGGUGAAUACAUCAAUCCGAUGACAAACGAGACGAAGCCGAUCAACGAAUGCGACAUCAUGCCGCAGCUCUGCAAGCCCGGCUCCUGUCACGACACGCCCACUGGCUUCCAGUGCGGCUGCGACCACGGUUACGAGCACGACAACACGUCGCACCUGUGCCGCGACGUGGACGAGUGCGCGGGCGGCGGCGGCGUGCGGGCGCCGUGCCGCGGGCUGGCGCAGUGCGCCAACCUGCCCGGCGCGUACGAGUGCCGCUGCCCGCCCGGCUACCGGCUCGGCGCCACGCUCGACGAGUGCGAGGACGUCGACGAGUGCGCCGACGAGACCCUUUGCGAGCACGGCGAGUGCAGGAACACCGUCGGCUCCUACAGGUGCGAGUGCGCGCCGGGCUACCUGCUCCGCGACGGCACGUGCCGGGACGUGGACGAGUGCGCGCGGCCGCGGCCGCUGUGCCGCAACGGCACGUGCGAGAACCGGCCCGGCUCCUACAUCUGCCACUGCGACCCCGGCUUCAAGCCCGGCGCCAACAACGACUGCAUCGACAUCAACGAGUGCCGCGAGGGCGGCAUGGUGUGCCGCAACGGGCGCUGCCGCAACACGGCCGGCUCGUUCCGCUGCGAGUGCGCGCCCGGCUACACGCUCACCGCGGACGCGCGCAACUGCCGCGACGUGGACGAGUGCAGCGAGCUGCCCGCGCCCUGCGGCCGCGACGGCGCGCCUUCUUGCACCAACACCAACGGCGGGUACGAGUGUGCUUGCGGCGCGGGUUGGAGGCUGGCGGGGCGGCGCUGCGUCGACCGUGAUGAGUGCCGCGAGCUGCCUUACGUGUGUGCUGGCGGUGACUGUCACAACUUCAAUGGCGGUUACCGAUGCGACUGUCCUCCUGGUUGGCGGUUUGAUAAGACGGCUGCCAUCUGUGUGGACGAGAGGAAAGAGCUUUGCUACGACGAGUGGGACAGCGGUCGCUGCCACAAGGCGCGGCCUUUGCAGCUCAGCAGGCCAGAUUGUUGCUGUUCUGAAGGAUCUGCUUGGGGAAGAUACUGUGAGCGUUGUCCUACACCAGACUCUGCGGAAUUCUUAAGAAUUUGUCAAGGUGGAAUGGGUCGUCCAAAUCUAACUCAGGACCUGGAUGAAUGCAAAGUGCGUCCGGAUGUAUGCAAGGGCGGGCAUUGUAUCAAUACGGAUGGUUCGUUCCGGUGUGAGUGUCCGGCUGGGUACGUGCUGGACGGCUCCGGACUCGUCUGCGUGGACGCAGAUGAAUGUGCACAAGAUCCGAGAAUUUGCGGGAACGGAACCUGUACCAAUACGCCUGGAGGCUACGAGUGUCGCUGUAACUUCGGAUUUACGCAAGGACCAGAACAAACGUGCGUGGACGUGGACGAGUGCGCGGAGGGGCGCGCGUCGUGCUCGUUCCGCUGCCACAACACGGCGGGCUCGUUCCGCUGCACGUGCCCGUACGGCUACCGGCUGGCGGCGGACGGCGCGCACUGCCGCGACGUAGACGAGUGCGCCACUUCGCCGUCGCCCUGCCCGCACGCCUGCGAGAAUGUCGUCGGCUCCUACGUGUGCAAGUGCCCGGAGGGUUACCGGCGUACAUCAGCGGCACAUGAUGCGGUGGACGCUUGUGAAGAUAUCGACGAAUGCGCUGAGCGUCGUGAUCGCUGCGCACCCGGCGUCUGCAUCAACACCGACGGCGGCUUCCUCUGCGACUGUGACGCCGGCUACGAGCCUAGCGAAGAUGGUCACGCUUGCAUCGGUCAGAGAACUGGGAUGUGUCACAGAUCCUUGGUGUCUGGGCGGUGCACACCAGAGCCUUGGCCAAGGUUUAUGUCCUCCACGCCGGCAUUGCCUUCACAAGUUACAAAGGCGCAGUGUUGUUGCACGCUGGGCGUGGCGUGGGGGCCGGAGUGCGAGCUGUGCCCGGCGCCCGGCUCGCCGGAGCGGAUGCAGCUGUGUGCGCGCGCGCAGCUACUGGGUGGCGGCGGCAGCGGAGGAGUGCUGCCCGGUGGACUCGGCGGCGGGACGCUCGGCGGCGGCGUCGACGUGUACGGUGACGUGGACGAGUGCGCUGCCAUGCCCGGUCUCUGUGCGCCCGGCAGAUGCGUCAACACCAUCGGCAGUUUCCGGUGCGUCUGUGGACGUGGUUAUAAAGCAGCGGGUGAUAUUUGCGCGGAUGUAGACGAGUGCAGUGUCCGACCUCCACCUUGCGAGCAACUCUGCAAGAACAACGAGGGCUCGUACGAGUGUCUCUGUCGCUCCGGAUAUGAAAUCGACGUGGACGGCGCUAACUGUCAGGACGUUGAUGAGUGCGAGAGAGGAACGCAUACGUGUCAGCAGAUUUGCUCGAAUACAGAGGGAUCGUUUGAGUGUUCUUGCCAAGAAGGAUACGAAAAGAGGGGAGAUGCUUGCGUUGACAUCAACGAGUGCCACGAGGAGGGCCUGUGCCCGCCGCCGGGCAAGUGCGUGAACCUGCUGGGCUCGUACCGCUGCGUGUGCCCGCGCGGCUUCCGGCUGGACGCGGCGGGCGCGCGAUGCCUCGACCGCGACGAGUGCGCCGACGGCCGCUGCCAGUCGCCCUGCCGGAACUACGCCGGCGGCUUCCAUUGCGAUUGCCCGCCAGGUACGGUGCGUGCAGGUGGUGCUAGCGGUGCGUGCGUGCCGCAAGACGCGUGCGCCGAGGCGCCGUGCGGCUCGUCGCCGUGCUUCCCGCUGGGCGGCGCCUACCGCUGCGGCUGCCCCGCCGGCUAUGGCUGGGACGCCGGCCACGGAGUCUGCCUGCAGCUGGCUGGUGGCUGUGCGACCGCGAGUUGCCUGUUUGGUUGCACUACAUUUGGAGAAUCGUACCAGUGCGGUUGUCCAGCUGGCUACCAACUUGUAGGGGCAGGUCACUGCCUCACGGCGCUAGAUGGCGCUCUACCACCGGACGAUAUAGGAGAUGCGCCUGUGUUCCCUGUUAGGGAUCAGUACAAGAUUGGCGGGAAAAACGAGCUCAUUUCUACUGAAGGAUGUUUCAGUUGCAAGAUGAACGGUCGCCACAGAAGAGCUCCAGAAGAAGGAAUUGUUUUCGCGAACGGCACAACCUACGUCAGAAGGCGCAGAAGACGCAGCAGGCGUCGGCGUUCAAUCCUUGAACCUGAAGUCGAGUUAAUAGUAGUGACAGCAACACCCAAACAAACUUGGGGCCGGGCACCGUUACUGCGCUUGGUUCCGGCGGAAGGAGGAGCGAAGCCACACUACCGCAUCGCUUACGGAGAUGACAACAAAGACUUCGUUCUCUCUAAACGGGACGGAGGCUGGGCUCUGCGGCUGAGGAGACACCUGAAGAGUGAUGCUGUGCUGGAGCGGCAGCUAGAACUGGAGGCGCGGUUUGUUCCCGUGCCGGAGAUCGGCAGGAAGAGGAAUAGGCGACAAGUGAACCUUAAUAUACCGUCACCACUCAGACUCUACGUGUCCAUACAUAUCGCCCCGCCUAAACGUUGA